GGCGACAAAAUGGCGGCGGCGCCUGGGCGUCCCGGGGGCAGCACCGGCGACGGGGCGGCGGGAGGAGGAGGAGGAGGAGGAGGAGCGGGAGCCGCUGCCACCGCCUGAGUCUGAUCUCCGGUUCCCGGGUGACGACCGAGGGUCCCCCGCGCCCCCCCCCCCAGACGGAAGAGGCGGCAGGACAGGGGGAAUUAAAAUAAAAUAGCAAGAUGUCGGACGCAGGGAAUAGCACGGAGGGGAAAACGAAUAUCCCUAACGGGAGCUUGUCCAGCAGCCCGGAAGAGAUGUCCGGAACCACGGAGGGGCCUGAGACAUCCUCCGGGGUGGAGGUGGAGGCUUCUGACCUGAGCCUCAGCUUGACGGGGGACGAGGUGGGCCCCAGUCAGACUUACACAGAGAGCUCCACCGAAGAGAAGGACUCGGACAGCAUGGAGGAGACCGGGCACUACUCCAUCAACGAACUGAAUCGGACCUAUGACCACUCCCCCUCGGAGGAAGAGGAGGAGGAGGCCGAGGAGGAGGAGGAGGAAGAGGAGGAAGAGCAGCAGCAGCAGCAGCAGGAGGAGGCGGAAGUGGAGGCCCAGCGUUCCCGCUGGCGAGCGCACCGCAAGCGCCCCAACCAGGACCGGGACUCCUCGGAUGAUGAGCGGGCGCUGGAGGACUGGGUGGCCUCGGAGACGAUGGCGCUGCCCCUGCCUCGCUGGCGAGCCCUGCAGGCGCUGCGGGGGAGGCAGCUCGGCUCCAGCGCCCGCUUCAUCUACGACGCCUGCGGGGCCCGGCUGUUUGUGCAGCGCUUCUGCCUGCAGUACGGCCUGGAGGGCCACGGCGGCUGCGUCAACACCCUGCACUUCAACCAGCGAGGGGCCUGGCUGGCCAGCGGCAGCGACGACCUCAAGGUGGUGGUCUGGGACUGGGUGCGCAGGCGGCCCGUGCUGGAGUUUGAGAGCGGCCACAAGAGCAACGUCUUCCAGGCCAAGUUCCUCCCCAACAGUGGAGACUCCACGCUGGCCAUGUGUGCUCGGGACGGCCAGGUCCGCAUAGCCGAACUCUCUGCCACGCAGUGCUGUAAGACCACGAAGCGGGUGGCCCAGCACAAGGGUGCAUCGCACAAGCUGGCCCUGGAACCGGAUUCCCCCUGUACUUUCCUCUCGGCGGGAGAAGAUGCCGUGGUCUUCACCAUCGACCUGAGACAAGACCGGCCGGCCUCGAAGCUGGUGGUGACCAAAGAGAAGGAGAAGAAAGUCGGCCUCUACACCAUCUACGUCAACCCGGCCAACACCCACCAGUUUGCUGUGGGGGGCAGAGAUGAAUAUGUCAGGAUCUACGACCAGAGGAAGAUUAAUGAAAACGAGAACAAUGGGGUGCUGAAGAAGUUCUGCCCCCACCACCUGGUGAACAGCGAGUCGAAGGCCAACAUCACCUGCCUGGUCUACAGCCACAACGGCUCAGAGCUCCUGGCCAGCUACAACGACGAGGACAUCUAUCUCUUCAACUCCUCCCACAGCGACGGAGCCGAGUACAUCAAGAGAUACAAGGGACACCGCAACAACGCCACAGUGAAGGGGGUCAACUUCUACGGCCCCAAGAGCGAGUUUGUGGUGAGCGGCAGUGACUGCGGCCACAUCUUCCUGUGGGAAAAGGCCUCUUGCCAGGUGGUGCAGUUCAUGCCAGGCGACAAAGGGGGCGUGGUCAACUGCCUGGAGCCCCACCCCCACCUCCCCGUUCUGGCCACAAGCGGCUUGGAUUACGACGUCAAGAUUUGGGCCCCCACGGCGGAGAUGCCCACCCAGCUGACCGGCUUGAAGGAGGUGAUCAAGAAGAACAAGCGCGAAAGGGACGAGGACAGCCUGAACCACGCGGACAUGUACGAGAGCCACCUGCUCUGGUUCCUCAUGCACCACUUCCGGCCUCGGCGGCGUCACAGGCGCCAACGGGACGCGGGCACCGGAGUGGCCGACAGCGACUCCGAGGACUCCCUCAGCUCCUCGGACACCCUGGACGAAGAGGAGGAGGGCCCCGACCGGGUGCAGUGCAUGCCUUCCUGAGGGGCCCCCGAACAGGCUGCGGGGAGGGUGGGGAGCCCCCCCUGUUGAAUUAGCCCCCCUCCUCCUCCUCCUCCUGCUUUAGAUGAGAGGCCUGCCCUCGCCCUGCCUGCCUGCCUGCCAGCCCUGGUUAGCAGGGGGGCCGGCUUGGCUCUGCCCCCUCCCCUCCCGGGGACUCUGCUCUGCCCCCAGACUCCUGGCUGCGGUUGGCGCCUGUUCCCUGCAAAGCUUCGGUGGGGUGGGGUGGGGGGCGAGAGUUGGCUCAGUUCCUCUCCGUGGGGGUGGGGACUCAGAAGCACCUUGGAGAUGUACUUUUAUCUCAAAACACCCCCCCCCCCAAAGACACCCGGCUGCUGCAUGUUGCACCCAGGAUGAGGGAGCCUGGGUCCUGCUUCUCCAGUGAAACCCUGGGAGCUCAGUUCCCUCUGGGUUGGUGUCCCCCCUUUGCCCCCCCCGUU